UAAAAUCUUUUUAAAAAAUGCUUUAAAAAUAUUUGUAAACAUUACCAACCAAAUGUUUCCAUCUCAGUCCCUUAGUGGAAUGUGUGAGAUUUUCCAGUCACAUCUUACACUUCAAUGUGCUUAGAUACUACCGAGAAGGCUCAUUUGUGUUCUCUCUCCUCACAUGGUGUUUUCUAGGAGCCACUGCGGUUGUUUCCCACACAGAGGAGCUCUCUCAUGGAGUGACUUCCUGGGUCUUCAUGCAGCCAUGGAGGAUAAACCGUCUGUCUGGGGCUCUUUGAAACAGCGGACCAGGCCUUUGUUAAUCGACCUGAGCAAGAGGAGGGUGAAAAAGAACCCGAACAAGCCCCUAGACCUACGGGCAAGGCGUUCCCUGGACCGCCGCCUCAGCCUCUCUGUCCCUGACCUCUUGGAGGCUGAGGCCUUGGCCCCAGAGGGCAGGCCUUACUCUGGGCCCCAGUCAUCAUACACCUCGGUGCCCAGCAGCCUGUCAAUGGCGGGGAUUUUGCCCAAGAGCAGCAGUAACUCCUUGAAACAGUCUGAGGAGGAAUUGGACUGGAGCCAGGAAGAAGCCGGCUACCUCCGUGUGGUGGAAACGGACUCCGAGGAGGCCUAUGCCUCUCCCGCCGAGGACAGGAGGCCUUCUAGCAAUGGCAUCCUGGAUCUGCUGCAGAAGACGCCGGCUGGAGACGAGGCCCUGGAAGAGCCAGAGAAGCUAUGUGAAAGUGGCGAUCUGAAUGCUUCUCUGACAUCCCAACAAUUUGAAGAACAAUCUAUGUUUGGGGAAGCCAGUGAUGGCUUGAGUAACCUGCCCAGUCCUUUUGCCUACCUCCUCACCAUCGACCUGAAGGAAGGCCGGAACCUGGUCAUCUGGGACAGCUGUGGUAAGCCUGGCACACCUGCGUCUGUACUCUUGUCUCUACGUGAUUAGGCCGCCUUUCCCAUCUCCUGCAACAGAGUGGAGCUCAAAUCUACACCUCUUAGGUAUCAAGGCCUUUGCAGCAAAGUAUUUAAAUCCCCUGAAUCUUAUUGUCUUUUACUGUUAUUAAAUUAAUAACAAUAAUGAUAAUAGUAAUAAUCACAGAAAGUUGUUUUAAAUGAGAUGAGAUGGCGGUCAUAGCUUUAUGUCUGGCAUAUAGCAACUGCUCAAGAAAAUGUUCCUUUGAUUCUACUUUAAUUAUGCAUAAGAAAAGAUGUGAAUGCAUCCAUAGCAUG